CGAAAUAAAAUAUAUAUAAAAAUUCCACAAUGAACCGGAUAACCCGGGAAAUCCCACGGUCAAAAUUAAAGAUGUUUAUGGUUAAGAUUCUCAAGAUAUUGGGAUUCGCUGGAACCGUAUUAUUCAUCAAAGAGUUGGGCAACUCGGACACUGCUUCUGCACUGGUCGACUGCAAUCAGGAGGAACCACCAGGUGCCGCUCCCAUUGAGCUGGCCAAGGAUGGGAGCAGGAAGAUCCUCUUCGAUGAGGAUGAUAAACGGGAUCUGAAGCGCAAGACGGACGACUUUAAGCGAAAGUAUUGCACUAAAGGCGGCAUCUGUGAGCCUCCGCCACCAAAACCCUUUUCGGAAAGCAUCGCAGACGCAUGGAGCGACACAGUGAGGGCUCUCAAGAAAAUACCCGCCUUUUGGGGCGGUGUGGCGAGCGACUUGGGCGACAGCAUCUGUCGGUUGUUCAAGGGAGACGAUAAGUAGGCGACGCCAC